GUUUAGGACUUCUGUAGGACUCCUUCCAAAUGUUUGCAGGAUACAUGCACACGCGUUGUUUUCAUAUUUGUCUUUUCCCUGUAACCUGGAUACCACAUAGAGCUCCUUUGGUAUUUUUUGGUUUAAAAGACUGAAAGAAGAGGGGAGGGGGAAGACAGAUAAACUGAAGUUUUGCCAGAAGUACACUGUCAAAUUCAAAAGGCAUUUCAAAGCAGCAAACCCAUUCACUUUUCAUUCUCCACUAUUAUCUCUCCGUCUUUUCGCCUUGUCGCGAGGCGUUUGAAUCCACCAAUAGGCUUUCAGCUCGGAGAUAUUGGGAUGUAAAUGAGCACAGCGCGUGCUCUCGCUGCUCUGAAAGCGCUGGAUUGUUUAUUGAGCUCCUGAAGCCACGCGCCUGGCUCGCGGAGUCGGUGAGCAGAAGAAUCACCCAGCGGGGCGGGGUCUCCCACAGAAGCGUGCAUCUCUAAAGGGGUGGGGUGUCAGACGCGUGUUGAAAAAGCGGAGUGCUGCCAAAGUUUGUAUCAGAUCGGAGACUGACGCGAGCCCCGUCAAGAGUUGGACCAUAACACAAAGAAAGCCUCCGUUACGCACUCGGCACAAGCACGGUGUAGUCUACUGCAACAUUGGCUUUCUACAACCUUGCACUCGGGAAUUCUGUGUAGUCAUUUUUCCUCUGCAACUCGGGAUGGAAAGCACCACCAUCACAACUACGGAGAUGGCACCAGGUUUGUGUUCUUUCGGACUCUCUGAGAGGCGUGCCACCAUCACCUUGCACGCUCCAGCACAAGAGUGCGCUCUGCCCAACGCGGAGGCAUACCAAAGCCAGACGAAGGUGCUGAAAAGACAGCGCUCGACGUCGCCCGAACUUCUGCGCUGCAAGAGGAGACUCAGCUUCAAUGGGCUUGGCUACGCUAUUCCGCAGGAGCUGCCCGUAGCUGUGGCCAGACGCAACGAGCGCGAAAGGAAUCGGGUCAAGCAGGUUAACAUGGGCUUCCAGACCCUCCGCCAGCACGUGCCGAACGGGGCGGCCAACAAGAAGAUGAGCAAGGUGGAGACUCUUCGCUCCGCCGUAGAGUACAUCCGCGCGCUCCAGCAACUCUUGGACGAGCAUGACGCGGUCUCGGCGGCGUUCCAGUGCGGUGUCCCCUCGCCGACUAUCUCCAACACAUACUCUGCCGAACCUGAGUCGCCUCAGUCAACUUACUCUUCCGACGAAGGAAGUUGCGAGCAGCUUAGUUCGGAGGAUCAAGAACUCCUGGAUUUCACUACCUGGUUCGACAGAUACUGAUGUUUUUGUAAUGAAAAGUGACAAGAACUCAAUCAACUGUGGCAUUGCAAGUGUGAUGAGACCCCUCCUCUGGACUCUUACUCUGGUAGAGUGGGAGGAUACAGCAACCAGACUAGGCGACCCACUGUCAUCCUUACAAUCGCAGAUGUACAACACUGCCCUUGCAUGUAACUACCAGGAGAGAAAAAGUGCUCGCCCUGGCAGGAGUUGUCGGGCUAGGACUGGCUAGGAUGAAGACGGCGGAGUCUUGUUUUGCUUGACAUCUAUUUUAAAAGUGCAAUUGACAAGUACAGUCAGCAGAAACCGAAAUGAACACAUAACUACAUCAACCUCCAUAACAUGGUGGUACUAGUAAAGACUCACCAUCAGCUCGAGAGAACGUUUGUGAGGGGGAAAAGCAUAAUUGAGAGACUUCUCAUCCUUGACAGUGAACAUUUUGGAGGAUGAAUCUCCCUUUUAUCAAAGAAAACAAUAACGAUGUACUAUUUUUAUCUGUAUUAUACGAUGCAUUGUUAAAUAUGAAGACUUAUUUUUGUACACUAAGUCCAAGUUAUCACUGCCUCUCUCGGUCAGUGAGGACUACUAAUGAAUUAGUGAUCUGCACCACUUUUUCUAGUCGGAUAAUCCACUGGUCCAAACACUGGAUAUUACUUGGCAUGUUUGAGUCGAUGUAUGAGAAAUACAAUAUAUCGAAUAGCUUAAUACUUUUUCUUCAUGUUAAAGAUUAAGGGUACAUGGUAUGGAGACUUUUUUCCACAAUGUAUGCACUUGCUCUCCGUUUUGUGUUGACUAAAGUGUACAUAUGCGAUUUUACAGAUAUAUUUUGUGUAAAAGUUUUAUAAAUAAAGAUUUCUCUAUUUAUACUUAA